AUGGCCAACCGGCUCUCGGAGGGAGACCUGAGGGAACUCAAGGAUGCCUUUGCGCUCUUCAACCAAGAUGGCGACGGGCUGAUCACCUCCAAGGAGGUGGUGACCGUGAUGAGAUCCCUCGGGAAAAACCCCACGGAAUCUGAGGUGCGGAGCAUCGUCGGUGAGAUCGAGGCCUACAAGGGCAAAGUAGAUUUCCCAAGGUUCCUCUCCGUGAUGGCCAGGAGGACAAGGCAUUCCGACACCAAGGAAGAGAUCCAAGCUGCCUUCCGCGUCUUUGACCGGAAUGGAGACGGCUACGUCAACACGGCAGAGCUGCGACACGUCUUGACCGCCGUUGGGGAGAAGCUGACGGACGAAGAGGUGAAGCUGUUGAUCAAGGAGAUGGACAGGAAAGGGGACGGGAAGGUCAACUAUGAAGAAUUUGCGCGAAUAAUGGUGGAGAAUUGGUCGGGGGCAGAAGAAGGCACCAUGACCUCUCUGACGGAACAAGAAAUCGCGGAGUUCAAAGAAGCCUUCAUGCUCUUUGACCGGGAUGGAAAUGGGACCAUCACGACCAGGGAACUCGGGACUGUCUUGAGGUCCUUGGGGCAAAACCCUACUGAAGCCGAACUGCGGGAGAUCGUCCACAAGUUGGAAAUGCACAAAAACGGCACCAUCGACUUUCCCGGGUUCUUGAACCUGAUGGAGAAGGAGGUCAAGAGCCGAGAUUGCCACGAGAUCCGGAAAGCCUUCCAGGUGUUUGACAAAGAUGGCAACGGUUACAUCAGCGCUGCGGAGCUGAGGCACAUCAUGACCAACUUGGGGGAGAAGUUGUCCAGCGAAGAAGUCGAGGAGAUGCUGAAGGUGGCCGACCUGGAUGGAGACGGGCAGAUGAAUUAUGAGGAGUUCCUGAGGAUGAUGACCAGCAAGUGAAGAAGGUCUACCAGGCUUGUAGAGAUCUUAGCCUACGAGAUUGAAGGGAUUUGUGACCUUUUGGGCCACGUACCUCCUCCAUAAUGUGGCCUGGUGAGGAGGACAGCGAAGGCAACCGGUUGCGGUGGGACGCGAAUCGACAGAGGAAACCUCCGUCAGACACUUGGGGAUGCUAAUUGGACUUCAGCGGUGGUGAUUUGUGGAUUUUUUUCCUGGGCUUUCCAAGAAGUGUGCGGCAAUCUUUUGGGAAUCAAAAGAUAUUCUUGACUUUUAACGUCUCAAAAUGAUCUCACGAGGCCAAGGUUGUAGCCUUGCAGAGAAGCUAAUUUGGAGGUGCGGCAAAUUUCCUGCAGCAAAAUCAUCCCCAGUUGCUCCGGCAUGAAGUAAUUUAAUUCUAGCAAGUCAAAUAAAGGUCUAAUUGCUUUUAUCCU